AUGCGCCGCCUUAAGCGCCUAGGCCGCGGGGAGGAGGAUCGCCUCGACUCGCGGGCGCGCAGUCGAAUCGCCUGGAGUGUCGGCGCUGAGCCGGCCCCGCCGACAGCCACGCUCGCUGUGCGGAUGCUGGCCGCAGCUCGAGUGAGGGCGGACCGCGUGUGUGUAGGGACAGCGUUAAAACGAGCAGUCAGGGGGCCAGGCUGCAGAGCUGUCCUCGCUCGUGUGGGGCCUGGGUCGGUUCUGUGCCCGUGCUGCCCCUUCAUUAGAUCAGUGUGGGCAGUGCUGAGGCUGCGGGAGGUGUCCUGUUGUCUGACGGGAGCUCGGGGCGGGGGCCGGGGCCGUGUCCCCUCGGAGCGGUGUCUCCUCGGUUCGUGCCGCCGCUCUGUCUCUCCCUCCCUCCCUCCCUGUCCCCGCACUCCUUGUCCCGUGUCUCUGCAGAAGGUGCAUGUGCUGCCCCAGACCGUGCUCUACAUCGCCGAUGCCGAGACGUUCAGCGGGCACGAGGAGUGUCACGAGCAGAAGAAAGCCAGGAAAAGAAACAGUAAAGAAACAGCACUUGCACUUGAAAAGUUGUUGCCAAAGCGAUGUCAGGUUCUUGGACUGGUCACCCCAGGGAUUGUAGUUACCCCCAUGGGUUCCAGCAGCAAUCAGCCUCAAGAAAUUGAAGAGGGCGAAGCUGGGUUUGCUCUGUUGUUUCCCAAAAUGGAUGGGGUGAAAAUUCACACCUUCCAUUUUUCUAAAGAUGUGAAGAACAGGGUCUUUGAUGAAAAUAAAUUUGCUGAAGCAGGUCUGAAGAAUAACCCAGAUCUCCGUGUUGUUCUUCUGUUUGGCUACAACUCCUGGAAGUCUGGAGCUACUCGAUUUCUUCAUCAAAUAGUCAACCCAUUGAAUGAGAAAAGUAUCAUCCUGGCUGGGGGACAGGUGGAGAGCUUCACAUCACUGACCUCUGAGAAUGCCCAGGCGCAGCCCGGGGACGCCUGCGGGGUGGUGGGGCUGGCCUUCAGCGGGCCCCAGAUCCAGAGUGCCACCGUGCUGCUGGACCAGGACGUGGCCGACGAGCGGACGGCGGAGGCGGCCGUGCAGCGCCUCAAGGCCGCCAACAUCCCCGAGCACAACACCCUGGGCUUCAUGUUCGCCUGCGUGGGCAGGGGGUACCGGCACUACAAAACCAAGAGGAACAUGGAAGCAGAUGCCUUCAGGAAGUUUUUCCCAAACGUGCCCCUCUUUGGCUUUUUUGGACACGGGGAAAUAGGAUGUGAUCGAAUAGUUACUGGGAAUUUCGUAUUAAGAGAAUGUAAUGACAUUAAGGAUGACCUGCUUCACGGUUACACCACCGUUAUGACUCUUAUUCAUUUUGGUUCAAGUAAAGCAAGCCAAGCAUAAGUAAGGUUUAAUGCUGCAGUGAGCUGUUUGUUUCAUUCCAGAGAGCUGAGAAGUCUGGAAGAGUGGACAUCUUGCAGUCAGAACCCCCUUCCAAAACGUAAACAUCAUUUUGGUAAUGUUAUCAAGUCUUGUAGUUGCAAUAGAGUUUAAUAUACUAUCUGCAGGAAAGCCUUGCAUUUUGUGUAAUCCCCUGUACACAUCAGAAUUGCAGGAAAUUAUACUUGGUGGAAUUCUGCAAUUGAAGAAAGCCUCUUUCUUCCAAAAUGAGAAUGGUUUGCACAAAUCCUAGAAUAUGCUGACUUGGAAGGGAUCCACUGAAUCAUUGAGUCCAAUUCCUGGCCCUGUACAGGACAUCCCCAGGAAUCCCACGAUGUGCCUGAGAGUGUUCUGAAACUCAGACAGGCUUGGUCCUGUGACCACUU